CCGCAAAUUUUGGACGGGCCUGUCCUGCGCUUGCACUGCAAAACCAGAAAUGCAGCGGCCCUCGAUGCAACUUGCCGCAGCAUCUCUCCUCCGCCGGACUGUGGCUGCAUCUGUCCUUCGCCGGGCUGCCUGCUGCAUCCCCACUCUCCGAUCCACAUCUCUCAUCCGUCCCCUGAGAACCGUCGCGAGCACCAUGGCGAUCCCAUCGAUCGAUAUCGGUGUUAAUCUGACUGAUCCGAUGUUCCGCGGGAUCUACCGAGACAAACAGGCACAUCCAGACGAUCUGCAUCUGGUUUUGGAGCGUGCCAGGACAGCCGGCGUUGAAAAGAUCAUCGUUACCGGAACUAAUCUCCAGGACAGUGGCGAGGCCCUCGAGUUGGUUCGUGGAUACGACUCGCUCUACUGCACAGUGGGCUGCCAUCCGACUCGAUGUCUCGAGUUUGAGCAAGAUGCCACCACCAACAAGAGUCCCGACGCCUACCUGCAAGCCCUGCUGGACAUCAUCGAGCAAGAUGCACAGCAGGCACCCACCCAGCGCAAGGUCGUGGCCAUUGGGGAGUGUGGUCUGGAUUACGAUCGCGAGCACUUUUGCCCACGAGACGUCCAAGUCAAGUACUUUGAGCGACAGUUUGAGCUUGCCGAGCGCACCCGGUUGCCCAUGUUUUUGCACGAUCGCAACACCGGCGGAGACUUUCUCGAUAUGAUUGCCAAGAAUCGACAUCGAUUCACCACGGGGGUGGUACACUCGUUCACGGGAACGAUCGAAGAGGCCCUGGCCUACAUCCAGCAGGGCCUCUAUAUCGGGCUUAACGGCUGCUCGCUCAAGACGGAGGAGAACCUGGCGGUGGUGCGCCAGAUCCCGAUUGAGGCCAUCAUGAUCGAGACGGAUUGCCCCUGGUGCGAUGUUCGGCCGACGCACGCGGGCUGGAAGUAUUUGCAGGAAGCCAAACUGACCGACGACAAGGCCAAGAAGAAGGAGAAGUUUGAGUUGGGAGUGCCCGUCAAAGGGCGAAAUGAGCCUCAGAACAUCAGACAGGUGGCAUGCAUUAUCGCGCGCCUGCACGAUCUCGCCGUCGAGGAGUUUUGUCGGCGGGUUUAUGAAACCACAGCCAAGGUCUUCUUUGGCGAGCAGGGCAAUUGACACAAUGACUGCGAGUGUCCACCGCCGCGACAGUGCAGCCCAAUACAGACCCGAUUCGGCCGCGCCGUGCGUCGCCGGUGCAUGUGCGCUUGGCCAGUCCCAGGCUUCUUCGCUGCUUGUGUUGAUGUCACACACAGGGGGCAUGAGACGCCUCCUGUUACGCCCCGCCACGCCCCCUGGAUGCUGUGUUCUGGCGGCUGGUGUCGCCCCCGCAGCACGCACGUCCAAAUAUACACCUCAGCAGCAUUGUUGUUUCCAGCAGCAGCGCUCGCUGCCAAGGCGUUCCAAUUCCGAA